AUGUCCAGUGAGCAUUCGCCGGUGGAGCACCAGAGCAGCAUAUGCCUGCUGUGGCUGCUCAUCUGCAAGACGGCCCGAUUCCAGUUCGCCAAUACGCUCACCAGCGUCAUCAUCAUUGUGGGGCCAAUCGUUGUCUUCCUCGUCUAUGCGGCGACGGCUCUGUUCCGCGAGCCGCAAGGGGAGUCGUCGGUAAAGUAUCCGCCCGUCAACAUCACAACCAAAGUGCCGUAUAUUUUCUACUCGCCCAAGAAUCUCGUCCUAGCGGGUGUCAUCGAGGAUGUGGUUCACGAUUUGAAGGCCAUGGGCAGCGAGGCGUUCUCCAGCGCCGCGGAACUGAAUAGUGCGCUGACGGAGAAGGAUACAUAUGGCUCUGUGGGCAUUGAGUUUGACGACAGCCUCAGCGACAUAAAAGUACUUCCCAAUAAUGUCACGGUGGGUCUGCGCUUUCCGCUUCAUCUGCGCAAGAAUCCCAAGAUGGUUUGGGACAACAGCACGGUGUUCAAGCACUCCCAAAUGGACGUGGAUUUCUACCAGGUCGAGGGAUUUUUGGUAGUGCAGGCCAAGCUCAGCGAAGCAUUGAUCAGGGCCAAAAACGAAGCCGCUCUGCUACCGGAAGUAGUACUGCAGCACUAUCCAGAUAUCGUGGAGGUGAACGGCUUGGAUAACCGGGUGGCUUUGGGCGGAGUUCUCUUCCUGCCCUUCACCAUAUCUGCCGCAUAUCUUGCCCAAAUGAUUGUGAUGGAGAGGCGCGAUCAUAUUCGGGAUAUGCUGCACCUUAUGGGUGUGAGGGCGUGGAUAUACUGGCUGUCGUGGUUUCUGGUGGCUUUCCUGCUCCUGUCCAUUCCCACCGCAUUAAUUGUACUCUUGCUGCGGUGGCGCUUCUUUUCGCUGAGUGAUUUGACUCUGGUGCUGUUCUUUAUGCUGGUCUACAACUUUGAGGUGCUGACCUCGGCCUUCAUGAUUUCGUCCUUCUUCUCGGACACGGUCGGCGUGCAUGUGGCCAUAGUGAUCGUGCACCUGGUCGGCUGCCUGCCAUGGCGCCUAUUGCUCAUGGACUAUAAUCCCACUUUACCGCGCGCCAUAUUCGUUUGCCUAUUCCUCAACAGCUCGCUGGCCAUGGGACUGCAGCAGUUCGUCAAGAGCGAGAACCUUCGGCUGGGCAUGCACUGGAAGUAUAUGUUUGAGCGCACCGAUUGGAAUCAGUUUGUGCAGCUGGGCCCCAUCCUGAUCUUCAUGCUCUUUGGCUGUCUGCUGCGAUUACUUGUCCUUGUUUACAUGGAACAGCUGAAGAGUUAUCGGAACAGAAAGUGGUACUUUCCGGUGCAGUCUUCCUUCUGGUGUCAGCGGAAUGGGCGCUCCGGAUCCAGUGGCAGUGAUGUCGAGCGGCAGGAGACGGGAAUCAGAGGACAUCCCCUGAUUGUGCGGGCCAAAAACAUUGAGAAGGUCUUCAACGGACGGGUUGCAGUUAAAGAUCUUUGUAUGAGCUUUUACCAUGACGAGAUCACCGUGUUUCUGGGCCACAACGAUUCGGGAAAGUCGACCAUCUUCAUGCUCCUGGCCGGUUUCUUGCAGCCCAGCGCCGGUGAAAUCACCAUCAAUGGCUAUGACCUGGCCACCGAGCAGAGAAAGGCGCGGCGAUCCAUGUGCUUUUGCCCGCAGCACGAUGUGCUGUUCGAGAAAGUUGAGGCCCGAUGGCACCUAAAGUUCUACUGCCGCCUGAAGGGACUCAACCGGAAGGAGGCAUCUGCCGAGGCGGACAAGUAUCUGGCGAUCGGCCACCUGCAGGACUUUGCCAGCACCAAGGUGAAGAAUCUGCCCAGCGGCAUCAAGCGAAUGCUCAUGCUGUGCUGCAAUCUGUGCGGAAACUCUAAGAUACUCCUCUUGGACGAGCCCGGCACCAGCAUGGACCCUACGAUGCGCAGCAACAUGUGGGACUUGCUGCGGCGGGAGCGCGAGGGUCGCUGCAUCAUCAUGGCCACGCACAACAUGCAAGAGGCCGAGGUGGUCGCGGAUGAAAUUGUGAUACUGUGCGAUGGCCAGGUGAUUGGAUACGGCACCACGGGGUUUCUCACCCAGGUCGCGGACACGGGCUCAUCUUACCUACUGAUCUGCACCAAGAUGGACACGUGCUGGGUGGCGGAGGUGACGCACUUUCUGCAGACCCGUUUCCCGGACAUCAGGCUGCAGAACGAGUUCAGCAUCUACGUGACCUACGAGCUGCCCACCAAGCAUGUGCAUCAAUAUUCGGGCUUGUUUCUGGAGCUGGAGGAGGCAUUGACCGAACUGAAUCUGCUGGAGAUCAGUGUGUGUGCCCCUACGCUCGGAAGUGUCUUUCUGCGGAUGGGCGAGGAAAUGAGGCAGUCCUGGAAUCGAAUUAGCGCCAUUGACUUGCAGCCCAGUCCAUCGCCCAUGGCGUCCCUGCUCAAUCUCCUGCCCACCUUCGAUGUGCGCGAGGACGAUGGUCGCGUGAAGUGCUGCAAUCAAUGGCGGGCGAUCAUGGAGAAGAAGGGUCUGUUUCUGAGGCGCCACUGUAAGUUCUACUGCAUGAUCAUCGCGACGCCAAUCAUAAUCUGCCUGCUGCUCAUCUCCUUUGCCAUCUUCAUCUUCUUGGUCGACCAUCAUCUGUCCGAGCUGCUGGUCACGAACGUGAGCAUCUAUCCAAAGGCGGUGUUUGUGAUCGAAUUCCCGGCGGACGAGGACAGGUUCGCACGGCGCUACAUAGAGAAUGUCAUCAGGCAUGGGGGCUCCGUGCUGAAUACGCGGGGAACUCCUCUCGACAACUAUCUGCUGGAGGAGAUGAAGUCGGAUCUGGUAAAGGUGCAGCAUUCCUUUUUGGCCGGCGUCACCUGCGGCAGCAACGCCAACUCGAUCGUCGCCUGGUCAAACAAUAAGCUCAAACACGGCUCUCCGCUCUCGUUGGGGAUGGUGUACGCGGCCAUUGGACAGGAGCUGGCCCAGAUGGAUAUCCGGAUUGUGAACAAACCGUACCAGGAUACGGUUCAGCAGGCAGUGAGCGGACUGAUCUGCGAAAGCUCCAUUGAGUUCGCCGUGCUCGUGUUCCAUUACCUUGUCCUGGCCACCGCCAUCUUUGCAGUGCUGCCGAUCCUCGAGCGAAAGACCUACGUGCAGCACCAGCAAUUCAGCAGCGGAAUGAGCAGGAUCACCUACUGGCUGUCCCACCUGUUCUGGGACUAUUGCCUGUUCCUCGUAAUGGUCGGCCCAGUGAUCGUGAUCGGCGGCAUUGCCUUGGGAGCGGUAUUGCCCGUGGCAAUGCUUUUGCUUGCCUUCGGGUUCUCCGCCAUUUCAUUCACCUACCUGAUGUGCCUGAUGUCCAAUGAUUUGGGCAAAAUGUUCAGCAUUAUAUUGUACAUUAACAUGAUAGGUAUUCUGUCCUUUUUCAUCCAUCCCAAGAGUCCGCAAACUCGGUACGCCGUCAUUGAGUUCGUCCUUUCGGUCCAUCCGCAUUAUGCAUUAUGUUGCGGAGCGGCUGAGGCGAUACGUACGACUGGCUACAGCUGGAAGCAAUUCUUUUACAUGCUCUUCAGCGGAGCGGUGUAUCUGAUCCUUGUCGUCUUCGCGUGGCUUCCGCGGCUCAUAAGCUACAUUUUCAAGUACAUUAAGAACGAAAAAAUAUACCCAAACUACAAGGUUGAGGACAAAGAAGUUGCCCAAAUCCGACGGAGAUUAGCCUACCUGACCACCACGCAAUACGCUUACUUUCCUCUGAUCCUGAAGAACCUAUCCAAGCGCUUUGGCAGCUUUGUGGCCGUACGCUCCCUAACAUUGGAUCUAAACCCUUUCGAGUGCGUUGGUUUGCUGGGCAGGAAUGGGGCUGGCAAGUCCAGCACCUUCCGAAUGAUCGUGGGCAUGGAUUCGAUCACGGUGGGCAGCAUUCACAUCAAGGGCUACAGCCUGAAGACUCGUCCAACGAGCGCCUUGCGACACGUGGGCUUCUGUCCGCGGCAGUCGAUGCUCUCGUCCUUCAUGACUGGCAAGGAUGCGCUGCGCUUCUGUUGUUUGAUCAACGGCAUUCGGAAGGAGUACGUCAAAAGCUUGGUCACCUCAUUGGCCGAAUGCUUUGAACUCGUGCCCCACAUGAACAUGCGUAUCAGCACAUACAGCAACGGAACGAAGCGGAAGCUAAUGAUUGCCAUGGCCACUCUGGCGCCAUCGCUCAUGUGCCUGGACGAGCCCACCGCCGGCGUGGACAUGCAUGCCAAGUACGAGAUUUGGAGGAUUUUGGACGGCAUCCGUCAGGGUGGUCGCAGCAUUCUGCUGACCACGCACAACUUGGAGGAGUGCGAGUCCCUGUGCACCAAUGCGGGCAUCAUGGAGAACGGCUCGCUGCUCUGCUACGGCAGCUUGUCGCGGCUGAAGCACCGCUUCAAUAUGGGCAUUUUCGUCAAAGUGAAGAUGGGCACCAAAGAGGAAAUGGACGAUGAAAAGGACACUUGGAAGCUCAUCACCAUGAUGCCCCCAAAAGAUAGUGAAAUUGGCAGCCAGAUUGGCGCUGGUCGCUUGCUGUUGACGCACUUAUUAAGACACCACAAGCCUCCAGUGGAAGCAGGCAAGGAGUCAAAGCGCAUCUCACCACAGCCAGGACCCACAAACUCGGAAUUGAACAUGCGCAAGGACUACGAGGCAUUGUUGCAGAGAUUGGAGGAAGUCUUCAAGAAAGACCAUCCGUAUAGCACCGUCAGCGACAAGUACUCCUACCGAGGAAUGAUCACCUUCUGCAUUCCGAAGGGGCAGAUCAAGUGGUCCGCGAUCUUCGACUACAUGGAGAACCUAAAGGAGCAAAUGCAGAUAUUGUACUACUCGGUCAGCCAUACAACUUUCCAGGAUGUGUUCAUGGAGUUUGUCAGGAAGCAGACUCAAGAGAGCAAUGAAUCCCUUCAUGAGUCACACUCAUGAAUGCCGAAUGAAUGGUCGAGUUGCGGAACCCCUUAUCGUAUUACCGAAACUAUCUGUGAAAGCCUUGCCUUCGAAAUGCUAACAAAUCGACCAAAUUAUCAGUUGGCGUUGCAAAAAGAGGCUAAAUAAUCAUUAGUCUGCAUAUUCGGCAAAUCGAUACUCUUACAUGUAAACCUGUACGUACAUAUAUAUUUUAUGACUUUGCUAAUGAAUAAGAGCACAUACGAA